GUACUCCCCUGAUUUUAGUCAGCAGAUCAACUCAUCAUCAGUCAUGCCAAUCGGAGUUCAAGACCCUCUCUGGAAAAGAUUAUGGAAUCUGAAAUUGCCAAACAGAAUCCUUCUGUUUGCGUGGAGACUUUGCCACAAUUCACUCCCUACUCCAGGAAAUUUAGCUAUCAGGCACCUGAAUGAUGAUUCGUCAUGUGGCUUCUGUCAACAAAGCUCUAUCAACAACUGUCACAUCUUCUUUGAUUGUCCUUUUGAUGCACAAAUCUUCAGAAUUGCAGGUCUCCAUGAUCAGAUCCUCAGGCGACAUCGUCCUCUUUGCGAUUUAUGGACUCGAACUCUAAUUCUCGAUACUCAAUUUCCUUCCACCGCUUUUCUGAUUGCUUUACUUUCAGGAAUUUGGCAGACUAGAAAUUCAAUGCUGUUUGAACAGACAUCUACUUCGCCAUGGUCAGCCGUUCUUCAAUCCAGCAAAAUAGUACGAGAUUUCAUGGAGCAAAAUCAGAAUCAAAACAGCAUGGAUCGAAGUUUGAGGAUAAUGCUAGCUUUUCAGCCUCCUCCGCCAGAUGUUAUUCGAGUAUUUUUUUAUGGCUCCAUAAACCAUGUUGCUAAAUGCACUGGAGCUGGCAUAGUCAUCCAGAGUUCUGAUGGUCAAUUUAUGCGUGGCUUAUAUCGCCAGUUUCUGGGAGUUACUGACUCUAAUAUAGGGGAAGCUCUAGCCAUGCGUGAAGCAUUACUGUUUUGUAGAAGGCUCGGAAUCGCAAACGUUGCAAUCCAAGGUGAUUUUUCUUUAAUUGUUUUGGCAGCUAUGAAUGAAAUUGAUGGUCCCUCUGCAUGUACCCCAGUUCUAGAAGAUGUAAUUUACAUAUGUUAUGAUCUACCGGUUGCUAAUUUAUCUUGGAUUCCUAGUUUGGACAAUGUAGUAGCUCAUUCGCUUGUUAAGUAUGCGAAGAAGAUCAAGAUGAAUAGCAGCAGCAGGUCCAUAUUCCAGGGAUUCCAAGGCAAACAGGGACUCCCAAUUUCUUCAAAACCUGCUGGGAUGAAGAAUGGUUAUCAUCAUCAGACGGCCGCCGACAAAAAUGGGGAGAAGGAUGAGCAGAGUGGCAUACGGAGGAGACUGUCAUCCAUGUCACUGAAGAUCCAAGAGGAGUCAGGGAGGUCGGGUUCGGCGGUGAGUGAUUACAUAAUGGGAUCCUUCCGGCGAUCUAAAUCCAUGUCAUCAAUGGGAGCACAGUACGCCGGGAAUUCGAUCAGGAAAUGGUGGGAUUUGGGAUGGGCUUGGGUGUUGUCGAGGAAGCCCGCAUUCGCCCAAGAUCUGGAGAUGAACGAGCACGAGAUGGCUGCUAUUGGGUCACACCACAAGGGUAGCUGGAAACACGUGCUGUUCAAGCUCAAGCUCGAGCUUGGGAAGCUCCUACGUUCAGAUAACAUGAACCAUGUGGGGUGGUUUGUUGCGCCAUCAAACCAACUUCUCCACCACCACCACAGGCUUGUGUUCCAGCAGCAGGAGCAGGGCAUCCGCUAUCCUACUCAUCAUUUCAACCACCCAAUCAGGAUCAGGGCUGCCGACACCAGUAGUAUCAAUUCCACCACCACCCCUCACCAGCAAAUCCCCACCUCCUCACCGUCUUCCCCAUCCAUCCCCGGAGGAGAACAGGGUUGGGUGUCAUUCGCGGAGAAGGUGAGCGGGGAAUGGGACGGAUAUGGGGCAGACUUUACCAACUCAGGUGAACCCAUCCAACUCCCAGAAUCAGUGGUUCCAGAAGCCUUCAGGGAAUGGGACGUCCAAGUUUUCGAUUGGCAAACUCAGUGCCCAACUCUGGCUCCCCCUCAACCUCACUCCCAUUUCGAUUUCCACUACCGAUUGAUCGCCCUGCUUCCCACCGUUGGAUGCGAAGCCGACGCCGCCACUACCUACUCCACCCUCCUACGACACAUUGAUACUUCCCUCGCCUUCGGUUACCUGCCCGCCACCGGCUCCUACGUGGCGGUCUGGCCUGUCCAGCCUCAACUGAUUGAGUUGGAGCAUUGCUUGGUUGAUCCUGCAGAUGUGCAUUCCCGGGUUCGGGUGAUUCAGGUGCUGCGUGUCUUGCCAGACCAUCGCGGCUUGGAAUUGGAGGCCAUCAAGGUGUUCUCCGAGCAAUGGUAUGGUCCUUUCCGGAAUGGAGAUCAGCUGGGGGGUUGUUCCAUUCGGGAUUCUGCCUUCGCUUCUACACCGGCCUUGGAUUCCUCUAAAAUCUCCGGGGUUUGGCAGGCCACCCAGCGUACUUUUGCUAUUUACCACGACGACCCCAGUAACAACGACAUCAAAGAACUCGUAGAUGACGAGACAGGUGCGCCUCAGUCUUGCUCCAGGGAUGGAGAUGGUGUCGUAUUGCUACCCAAACGACUCUGGUGUUAUAGCUCGUCAAAUCAAAAUCCCAAAGACCACCGCAGCCAUGUCUUCCAAGUCGGAUGGUUGUUGGAGGAUGGACUCGCCAUCAUCUCCACCUGCAGCUUUUCUCCCAAUGCAAAUCUCAAGGCAAGAGAUCUCUUUAACACGCGAGAAGCUGCAAAUUUGAAGGUCAUACUGAUUAGCUAG